AUGUUUAUCUAUCUAUCUAUAUAUCUAUCUAUUUCAUUUUACUCGUGUUUAUCUAUCUAUCUAUUUCACAUUACUCAUAUUUAUCUAUCUAUCUAUUUCACUUUACUCAUGUUUAUCUAUCUAUCUAUCUAUCUAUCUAUCUAUCUAUCUAUCUAUUUCACUUUACUCAUGUUUAUCUAUCUAUCUAUCUAUUUCAAUUUAUUCGUGUUUAUCAAUCUAUCUAGCUCAACACUUCAUCAUUCGCUAUUAUCUUUCCGCCAUUUUUUUCAUUCAUUCUUCCCAUUUCAAUCCACGCGUUCUUUGAUUUCGUUUUUUUCUCGAAGGGGUUCCGUGAGUCGUCCUUUUAUUCCUUGUAAUGGUUGCCUCCUUUAUUAUACUCACUUUUCGUUAACAGUUUAUAAUUUUGAUUUGCCUCAAAGGAUUACGAAAACAAUUAAAGUGAAAUGGAUUGAGAAUUACGAAGAAACCUGA